AUGGCGGCGGCGGCGGCGAGCGGAGCUGGCGGGGCUGCCGGGGCCGGAGCGGGGGGAGCCGGGCCGGCGGGCCGCCUGCUGCCUCCGCCCGCCUCGGGGCCCCCGGCCGCCCCCGCUGCUGUGCCCCCGGCGGCUGGCCCGCCGCGUCCCUCAGCCCCGGCCUCCCGCGGGCCGGUGCCUGCCCGCAUCGGCUACUACGAGAUCGACCGCACCAUCGGCAAGGGCAACUUCGCUGUGGUCAAGCGGGCCACGCACCUCGUCACCAAGGCCAAGGUUGCUAUCAAGAUCAUAGAUAAGACCCAGCUGGAUGAAGAAAACUUGAAGAAGAUUUUCCGAGAAGUUCAAAUUAUGAAGAUGCUUUGCCACCCCCAUAUUAUCAGGCUUUACCAGGUUAUGGAGACAGAACGGAUGAUUUAUCUGGUGACAGAAUAUGCUAGUGGAGGGGAAAUAUUUGACCACCUGGUGGCCCACGGCAGAAUGGCAGAAAAGGAGGCCCGUCGGAAGUUCAAACAGAUUGUCGCAGCUGUCUAUUUUUGUCACUGUCGGAAUAUUGUUCAUCGUGAUCUAAAAGCUGAAAAUUUGCUACUGGAUGCCAAUCUGAAUAUCAAAAUAGCAGAUUUUGGCUUCAGUAACCUCUUCACUCCCGGGCAGCUGCUAAAGACCUGGUGUGGCAGCCCUCCCUAUGCUGCACCUGAACUCUUUGAAGGAAAGGAAUAUGAUGGGCCCAAAGUGGACAUCUGGAGCCUCGGAGUCGUCCUCUAUGUGCUUGUGUGUGGUGCCCUGCCAUUUGAUGGGAGCACACUGCAGAAUCUGCGGGCCCGGGUGUUGAGUGGAAAGUUCCGCAUCCCAUUUUUUAUGUCCACAGAAUGUGAGCACUUGAUCCGCCACAUGCUGGUGUUAGACCCCAACAAGCGCCUCUCCAUGGAGCAGAUCUGCAAGCACAAGUGGAUGAAGCUAGGGGACGCUGAUCCCAGCUUUGACAGGUUAAUAGCCGAAUGCCAGCAGCUGAAGGAAGAAAGACAGAUGGACCCCCUAAACGAGGAUGUCCUCUUAGCCAUGGAGGACAUGGGACUGGACAAAGAGCGGACACUACAGUCAUUAAGAUCAGAUGCCUAUGAUCACUAUAGUGCAAUCUACAGCCUGCUGUGUGAUCGGCAUAAGAGACACAAAACUCUGCGUGUCGGACUACCUCCUAGCAUGCCCCGAGCCAUGGCCUUUCAAGCACCAGUCAACAUCCAGGCGGAGCAGGCUGGUACCACUAUGAACAUCAGCGUUCCCCAGGUGCAGCUCAUCAACCCAGAGAAUCAAAUCGUGGAGCCGGAUGGGACGGUGAACUUGGACAGUGAUGAGGGUGAAGAACCUUCCCCUGAAGCACUGGUCCGCUAUUUGUCGAUGAGGAGGCACACAGUGGGCGUAGCCGACCCUCGCACGGAGGUUAUGGAAGAUCUGCAGAAGCUGCUGCCUGGCUUUCCUGGAGUCAACCCGCAGGCUCCAUUCCUGCAGGUGGCUCCUAACAUGAACUUCAUGCACAACCUGUUGCCCAUGCAAAAUCUGCAGCCAGCUGGGCAGCUGGAGUACAAGGAGCAGUCCCUGUUACAGCCGCCCACCCUGCAGCUGCUGAACGGAAUGGGCCCCCUUGGCCGGAGGGCAUCCGAUGGAGGCGCCAACAUCCAACUGCAUGCCCAGCAGCUGCUGAAGCGCCCACGGGGACCCUCCCCUCUUGUCACCAUGACACCAGCAGUGCCAGCAGUUACCCCUGUGGACGAGGAGAGCUCGGAUGGGGAGCCAGAUCAGGAAGCUGUGCAGAGGUACUUGGCAAAUAGGUCCAAAAGACAUACACUGGCCAUGACCAACCCUACAGCUGAGAUCCCACCGGACCUACAGCGGCAGCUAGGACAGCAGCCUUUCCGUUCCCGGGUCUGGGCCCCUCACCUGGUACCUGAUCAGCAUCGCUCUACCUACAAGGACUCCAACACCCUGCACCUCCCUACGGAGCGUUUCUCCCCUGUGCGCCGGUUCUCUGAUGGGGCUGCAAGCAUCCAGGCCUUCAAAGCUCACCUGGAAAAAAUGGGCAACAACAGCAGCAUCAAACAGUUGCAGCAGGAGUGCGAGCAGCUGCAGAAGAUGUACGGGGGGCAGAUUGAUGAAAGAGCCCUGGAGAAGACCCAGCAGCAGCACAUGUUAUACCAGCAGGAGCAGCACCACCAAAUUCUCCAGCAGCAGAUUCAAGAUUCUAUCUGUCCUCCUCAGCCUUCUCCACCCCUUCAGGCUGCGUGUGAGAAUCAGCCCGCCCUCCUCACCCACCAGCUCCAGAGGUUAAGGAUCCAGCCUGCAAGCCCUCCCCCCAGCCACGCCAGCAACCACCUCUUCAGACCGCCCAGUAGCAGCCCUCCCCCCAUGAGCAGCGCCAUGGUCCAGCCUCACGGUGCUGCAUCUCCCUCCCAGUUUCAAGGCUUCCCCUCCCGCAGUGCAGUCUUCCAGCAGCAGCCUGAGAACUGUUCCCCUCCUCCCAAUGUGGCACUAACCUGCUUGGGCAUACAGCAGCCUCCCCAGUCCCAGCAGGUGACCAUCCAAGUCCAGGAGCCUGUUGACAUGCUCAGCAGCAUGCCCGGGACAGCUGCAGCCUCUGCUGGCCGGGGCGUCUCCAUCAGCCCCAGCGCCAGUCAGGUUCAGAUGCAGCACCGGACCAGCCUGAUGGCCGCCUUCAGCUAUGGGCACCGGCCCUUGUCUAAGCAGCUGAGUGCCGACAGUGCAGAGGCCCACAGCUUGAACGUGAAUCGGUUCUCCCCUGCUAACUACGACCAGGCGCAUUUACACCCCCAUCUGUUUUCGGACCAGUCCCGGGGUUCCCCCAGCAGCUACAGCCCUUCAGCAGGAGUGGGGUUACCUCCCACCCAAGCCCUGAAAGUCCCUCCGCUUGACCAGUUCCCCACCUUCCCUCCCAGCGCACAUCAGCAGCCACCGCACUAUACCACGUCGGCGCUGCAGCAGGCCCUGCUGUCCCCGACGCCGCCGGACUACGCCCGACACCAGCAGGUCCCCCACAUCCUCCAAGGACUGCUCUCCCCCCGGCAUUCGCUCACCGGCCACUCGGACAUUCGGCUGCCCCCAGCAGAGUUUGCACAGCUCAUUAAAAGGCAGCAGCAGCGGCAGCAGCAGCAGCAGCAAGAGUACCAAGAACUGUUCAGGCACAUGAACCAGGGGGAUGCAGGGAGUCUGGCUCCCGGCCUCGGGGGACAGAGUAUGACAGAGCGCCAGGCUUUACCGUAUCAAAACGCUGACUCUUAUCACCACCACCACAGCAGCCCCCAGCAUCUUCUGCAAAUCAGGGCGCAAGAAUGUAUCUCGCAGGUUUCCUCACCCACCCCAACCCACAGUUACGCUCACCAGCCGGCGCUCGUGCACUCGGAGAGCAUGGAGGAGGAGUGCUCGUGUGAGGGGGCCAAGGACGGCUUUCCGGACAGGAAGAACGUGAACACGUUGACCAAAGGUUGCCACGAUGGCUCCCUGCUCUUGAGUACUGGCGGGCCCGGGGACCCUGAAUCUUUACUGGGAACCGUGAGUCAUGUACAGGAGUUGGGGAUACAUCCGUACCGACAGCCGGCUGCUGCAUUCAGUAGAAAUAAGGUGUCCAGCCGAGAGUCUGUCCUAGGGAACUGCAUGGAUAGAAGUUCUCCAGGACAAGCAAUGGAGCUGCCAGAUCACAAUGGACUCGGGUACCCAGCACACCCCUCCGUCAGUGAGCACCACAGGCCCCGGACCCUCCAGAGACACCACACGAUCCAGAACAGUGACGACGCUUAUGUGCAGCUGGAUAACUUGCCUGGCAUGAGUCUCGUGGCUGGGAAAGCACUUAGUUCUGCCCGGAUGUCAGAUGCGGUUCUCAGUCAGUCCUCGCUCAUGGGGAGCCAGCAGUUCCAGGAUGGGGAGAAUGAGGCACCCCGCUGCCUGCACAUCUCCCGUGUUGCUUCUGGUCUUGCAGAAUGUGGGGAGAGUCUUGGAGGUCCUGAGCACCCAGACCUGACUGAUGGCAGCCAGCAUUUAAACGCCUCUUGCUACCCGUCCACGUGUAUUACAGACAUACUGCUCAGCUACAAGCACCCCGAGGUCUCCUUCAGCAUGGAACAGGCAGGCGUGUAGCAAAAGAUGGAGAGUUUAUGUACCGCGCGGGAAUGAAAAGGUUGACUUUAAACCAACAGUAUCUAGCAGCAUUGCGCCAAGUUGCCAUUGUGUUUCCCUCCACCCAGAAUGUCGGCUCCUUUCCUUACAUUUGGUUCAUCAGCGUGCUGUUCUUUUGGGUUCUGAGGGGGGUUUUGUCACGUUCGCCUGUAUGACCAAGUCACCAAGGAAAUAAACAGGAAAUCCAUGUUCGCCACCUUUCGUGAAAGUGUAUUUGGUGUAUUUGAGUUGGUGGUUUGGUUUGGUUUUGGUUUGGAUUAUUUUUGAUUGUUUUUUUUGUAAGUAUGUUUUCUUUUGGAGGUGAUUUUCUUUCUUUUUUUCUUUCUUCCUUUCCUUUUUUUGAGACAGAAGAGCAAAGCAGUUAGUGUACGGUGGCCAGGGGCACAGAGCCACUCCCCUCCCUGGCCUCCGUCCACAGAGCGCCCUCCAGUCCCUGCACUGCUCUUCCGCGGGAGCAGAGGCUAGAGGGUAACGUCCUCUGGAAUGCUAGCAGCUGGAGAAAGAGACAGAGGAAGGGAUGACAGCCUUUGGCUCUUGGAGAGCAAAAAGAGAAACCCCAAGCCUGGAACCUGGAGAGGUCUUUGCUGCUGGGAUCCACUGAAAAACAUGUCUGGCCCAGCCAAGGUCAUAUGAGAAUGUUAGCACGGAGGCUGCGAGUGGCCUGGCGUUGAUGGGUUGCCAGUUAGAACAUCUGUUUGGUGUGUAACUCGGCUCCCCUCUCACAACCUGGAAAGUUGGUUGCCUUUAUCAUCCUGCUGGUUCUACCCAUGGACUGAACACCCGACAGUGGUACACUAUGCUUUUGUGUCACCUUUUAUUCUCAUUUUAUAUUGUGCUAUAACAAGGAUUGUUGCUCCAUAUAUAUAUAUAUAUAUAUAUAUAUAUAUAUAUAUGGGUGUAUACGUAUACAUCCAUAUAUACAUAUAUAUAAUGCUUUUCCUUUUCAGCCUCUUUGUCACAGGCAAGAAUAACAGGAGGUUGUCUUGGGUCCUGCCUCUCUCCUAACUUCUCCUUCUCCCUGGGCAUCCUCAGCCCCUAUUUUAAUUCUUUAUCAUGUAGGAAUUGUUUUUGGUAAAUGUUGAUAUUAUUGUUAUUAUUAUUGUUAUUAUUAUUAUUAAUAAAUAAAAACAAAAGGAAUUUUUGUUUAAAAGAGAAAUGUUUAACCAGAUUCUGUUCUAUUUGAAUUGUGACUUGCACCUUUUGUUCAAAGUAUUUUAUUUAGACCUUGUAAUUGUGAACAGUUCUCACUCGUGCCAGUGACAGAUGUAGUGGUCUCCUUUCCCCCAGCUGAAGCAGUGCAUAUGCAAUAGCUAUUAUUUGUGUCAUUAUCUUUCUUUUUCUUCACUGUUAGAAACCAAAGUCUUCUCUGCUGGCUGGGGGCUGACAGAGGAUCUGGGUUAUCGCCUUCUGAUCUUCAAAACAAGGAAGAGGUGUUAAAUAUUCUGACUCUUGAUCCAUUUUGCUGGGAAAGCAGAGUAAAAGGUCCCCCGGCCCCUCCUCCUCUUUCACCCUGAAUUUGCACAGAAGAAAGCGGGUUCCCAGCAUGGCCACCCUGGUGUUGCUGACAGGAUCCGCACGCAGCUUGUCCUUCUCACUGAUGUUGGCAGCUCAGCUCCUGGACCCAGUAUCCCUCGAGUGGGUUUCUGCAGUGCAAGAGCCUUUCUUGGGACCUCUCCGUGUCUCCUUGGUCCCCAGAUCCCCUCCACUUGGUGGGGCCACCAGCUGCUCACCUUCUGGAAGCAACCGAGAUAGCCCAGACAGCCACUGUUGACUUCUCCGGGCUUGUUGCAGUUCCCAUGCUGGCCUCCCACCACGUGCUCAGCCUGUUCCGUUCACAGUGCUGAUGGACCGAGCAGAUUGCCGCCCCCCUGCGACCACCCAGACGAAAGCCAGUGAGCCUAUUAACCGUGCCAUCUUGCGAACUACACUUUUAAAAAAUCAUUGCUUUGUAUUGUAGUGACCAAUAUGCGCAGUAUAUGUUGAAUGUAUAUGAACAUACUCUCCUAUUUCUGUUCUUUGAAAAUGUCAGAGUAUUUUUUUCUUUCUCAUUUAUGUUGAACUAAAAAAGGAUUAAAAAUCUCCAGACCCAAGUUGCAGUAAGACCUUUAGUCGUUUCUUGGUGGGCACUUACAACUUAGUAACUUGGUUGGACAGUAGGGGAUUGUGCAAAUA